AUGGAUCCUGUCUCUCCAGAAAGAAGGAGGUUGUUACCCUCUUCUUCACUUGUUAACAAUGCAAGUAAAAGGAAGUACAAACCUUUCAACUGCUUCAAUAACUACUGUAAGGAAUUAAAGUCUCGUUCAUUGAAUCUAACUUCAAUCCUACUACUGAUUUAUAUUCUACCAAUAAGAGUUAGCUGUUCAUUAUUUGAAAUCUUUUUCACAAAUUUUUCCCGCAACCCAUACAACCAAUGUGGAUCUAUUGAAUCUGGUAAAAUUAUAGCAUUUCCUGUUGUUGGACUUAUGGUAGGAAAUUCUAUAUUUCUUCUUGCCCCUUUCUGUGGUUGGUUAUCAGAUACUAAGAUUGGUAGGGGUAAUGCUAUUUAUCUUGGUCUAUGGCUUGGUUGGAUAGGCACUCUAAUACAGGCCAUAGGAUGCUGUUUGCAAUAUCACUCAUGUGGUACUACUACUGCUCUGAUAGGAAGAUAUGUGUUUUUUGGUAUAGCUUUUGUUUUAAUGUUAGUAUCACUCUCGCUCAUUAUCUCUAAUAUAUUACCAUAUGGUAUAGAUCAGUUGAUGAAUGAAUCUUCUGUCAAGAUAAGAGCAUUCAUUCACUGGUUCUCACUGUGUUUUUAUGGUGGCUUUGCAUUAUCAGUUAUUUCAGAUGAACUUGUCAUUUCAGUUGUGGCUUUUGCUCUCUUUUCUUUUUCUCUUUGUCUUCAUUUUCUUUUUAAGCAUCGUUUUGAGCACAUACCUAUUCCUAAUCCUUACAAAAUUGUAUUUAAGGUAUUGAAAUUUACUCUCAAAAGUAGUCGCACUAGAAGACAGCAUCGUAGUGCAUUCACAUACUGGGGAGAGGAGCCCAGUAGAAUGGAUCUUGCUAAGGAGAGGUAUGGUGGUUGUUUCUCUCAUGAAGAAGUGGAAAAUGUAAAGACUUUUCUACGUAUUACUGUUGUUUUAGUUACCUUUUCUCCCCUUUUUAUUUCCACUGUUACAUUUUUAAAUAGUUCAAUGUUUGCUGCACAAUUUAAAGAUGGUUAUGAAGACUUAAAAGGAAAUGCUGAAACUGUGAUUUGGGUCCUUGGCAAAUUCUCCUCAUUUUUUAUUAUAGUCCCUUUGUUUGAGCUGGUUAUUCUACCUCUCUUCCCUAAAUUAGAAUAUUUUAUAACUAAUCCAUUAAAAGGACUUGGUUUGGCUAACAUUCUUAUUAUAUUGUCUAUUAUUAGUUUAUUUCUCAUUGACUUGAUCGGAAGGAUUAGUGAUGAUAUUUCUAAUAUGCCUUGCUUCUUCAUAUGGGAACCAGUUACUAAAACAAUUGAUAUUUCCUAUUGGAUACUAGUCAUACCAUCAGUAUUAGCUGGUACAUCACAUUUUCUCACAUGGAUAUAUUCAUUUGAGUUCCUAUGUAGUCAGUCUCCUUUUGGUAUGCAUGGAAUGGUCAUUGGACUGUUCUGGUUUUUGCAUG